AUGAAUCCUGCUGGGAACGAAAACGACCAAUACCCCAUUCGACUUGGAAUGUGGACGAACUGGUCUCGUGGGCAAAUCAUGGGAAGCACUCUCACGCUUCAAAGACGCGAUGCAGACCUCCUCAUUGCAUUCAUCGGUUUUCUCAUCGCGUUUUUCGCAACCCGUGCGUGGAGGAUCCUCUGCUUUGUGUUUCACCGAUACUACUCAACGCCCCUUCCUCAAGACGCUAUCUAUCACCAACAUCAAGCAAUUCUACGAAACUCAUCCUCGCCGGAGGAUGGUAUCAACCUGCUUUUGCGGCUGCUCUGGGAAAGCCGCCACUCAAAGGGGCGCUUGCGACCCUUGUCUACUGCUACUGUUGCGACUUGCUGUCUUACGGUAUUUACUAUCGCUGGUGGUUUCUCUUCCCGAAUUUCCACCGGGAUCGGCAACGAAGUAUUGAUUAGUAGCAACCACUGUGGCUCUUCUCUUCUUACGAGUGUAUUCGAUGACCCCGAGAAAUAUUUCGCAGGCCUACCAUAUCGUGCUGGGCUGAUCAACAAUGCUGCCAACUAUGCUCUGCAGUGUUACUCAAGCAAUAUUAGCGUCGGUCUUAAUUGUGACCGUUACGUCAAGAAGCACAUUACUGGCACUGUCGACCUAGAGGCACCUUGUCCUUUUGGCGAUCGCAUAUGCCGAAAUGAGACUUUGAAUAUCCGUCUGGACAGUGGUUAUGUAGACAGCCACGAAGAUCUCGGGGUGAAUUCUCCUCCUGAUCAAAGAGUUCUCUGGCGAAACGUUCUUCAAUGCGGGCCAUUAACCACGGAAGGUUUCACUAGUGAGCAAAAUCCAGCCGGCCAAAAUGAGACAUUCACUUUAUACCACUAUGGAAAUACAACAGGAGUACGUGGCGAUCCGCUUGACUAUGUGUACAGAGCAGCGUCAGUUGAAUCCCAGUAUUCAUAUAUACUGACCAGCACUGAUAUUAUUGAUACCUACUUUACACAUCAUCUAAACCCAAUACAAUCUACUGUUGGAAAUAGGACCACUAGGAAGAAUUCGGACUUCGAGCCCAUCCAACCCCUAUUUCAAAAUGAUGCAGAUACUUACAUAAUUUUCCUCUCGGGCAACGGCGUGCAGUACUCGUUCCCAACUUCUGAUGAGUGGUACCAAGUGGCCGCGACACCGUCUAACGGAAGUUCCGUGUCAGCUGACACUGCCAGUCCAAACAAAGUCUACCUUCCUUUACAACCAGCGUCUCCGCUAGGCUGUGCAGACCAAUAUCAGUUCUGUAAUACUGCGUUGCCAGAAGAGCGCAGAUGUGGGCCACUCGCCAGCCUUUUGGACGCAAUAUCUGGAGCUGCGCCCCUGUUUGGAACUCAGUAUUUAAAUUACUUUACAUCUGGUCUGAACGCUGGGAAUGCCAAGACGGAAUCGGAAGCUCGUUUCAACUAUUUCGCCUCCAGAUUUGGCACUCGCACAUCGAUCAACAUCCUGCUAACUCAACUUGGGUCGAUGGGGCUUAUAUCACAAAGAAACUUGCUUGGUGGAAUACAAGGACCAUUGGCACCGAACCAGUGGCAACUCGAUAUAAGCCACCUAUGGAAUAUAACAAUGGCCCUUCAGCAGGUAGCAUUGAUUGACAUGGCUUAUGGUCCAACUGACCCAGGCACUUUGCAGACUUGGAUUAACUUCACAAGUCCGGCUCUGCAGAAGAUAUGUGGUAGCCAGAAAAUCCACAGUACGGCCUACGGCUCAUUCAGCGUCUUCGGUCUUUGCUUUACACUGCUCUUCGGUUUUCUCAUCACCCUAAUUUCGUUCCUGCUAGAACCCACCUCGAGGUAUCUGUGCAAGAAAAAGGGAUAUAAACCAUACACGCAUUUGGAAUGGACUACGAAUGCGACCUUGCAGCUUCAGCGCCUAGCAUACGAUGAAGUGGGAAGCGGCACCUGGUCACAAUGCAUUCAGCAAAUCCCGCAUACAAAGGCGAAUGAGCUUCUUGCCUGUCUAGAUAUCACGGAUCCGACGCAUCCAGUUCUUUACUCGGCAGCACAUAAAGAAACAGAAGUGGAGAAGCCUCACAAUUCUACUUUGUGCCACGAUACAAUUUCUCCGAGUCACUCAAGACCAUCGCCGGAUAUGUCGACCGCACCGACUAGUGAGACUGUAGACUUAGCCACUGCUCUACAUACUCCUAUCGAAGAUAAAAUAACGCCAAAUAUAGAUUCGGAGUCGGAAAGCUAG